GGCGUGAAGAUUGAGCCCUGGCUCGGCGGGCCACUCAAGACCGAGCCCUUCUCGAACAUCGUGGAAGCUGUGUUGAGGACCCUCGCGCUUCCGAAAAGCUCGGCCACGGUCGAUUUGGACAAAUCGGAUCUCCAGCAGGUGACGGUCAACGCCAACUCAUCUCCUGGUUUUCCCCUUCGCUACCAGGGCUUUACCAAGCUCCGGGCCGCAUGCGAGGACGGCGCCUUGGCUAACCAGGUAAAAUCCUUGCUCGAAGUCAUCUCGAACGCCGAGCUUGCAGAUUUGCCAGACCUCAAGUAUGAAGGGGUGCCAUGGAUGAGCCUCUAUAUGAAGCGCAAGUUGGAACUUCGCAAAGUUGCUGACUCGAAGAAGAAAGCGCGAACUUACUUUGAAGCGCCGGCAGAGGUCUCCCUGAUGCUUGGGGCUUGGGUCCGCAAGUUCGAAGCACGGAUCCCGAGGGCAAGCGUGUACAUGGCUAGCCACAAGUGCAACAACGUUGAAGACGGGGCUGGUGUGAAAUUCAGAAGCUGGGGACUCGGGCUCAAUUUCCUGAGCGGAGGUGCUCAGGCCAUCCACAAUCUCAAACUGGAUAUGUUGUGGGCCACCAAUGCUGGACUCCAAUGCCUAGUGGUUGGUGACACAUUGCUGCUCGCUGGCCAUUCGGUAAAGGAGGGCAGGAGGGUUCUGCUUGCUCCCGAUGAGAAGGCUUGGUCCCAUCCUCCGCCCUGCCGGGAUCGCCUGUGGAAGGCUCCACGCCUGAGCACAACAUGGAAACGGAUGAUGGGGUGGUGGAUGGAACACGGGAAGGGCCUGAUGGUGAACAUGAUGGGGCUGGCUCUGGUGCGGGAUCCUCUUCUGAGCAGAUGCCACGCCUAA